AUGACCGCUCCUCUCACCACUGCACCUCUCCUCGGCGGCCCGAUCCCUCCGAACUCCGGCGGCCAAUCAUCUUCCACCCUCGUCCUUCCCGCUUCCAUCUCUUUCAGUGACACCAUCACCGACAUUACACCGUUCAUCCCCAUCGUUCUCGACCUCAACAGCCACAAUUAUUACCAUUGGCGUCAUGUCUUUGAGAUUCAUCUCGGGCGUUGCUCUCUCCUCCCCCAUAUCUCCGACGACACACUACCCGCUCCUCGCGAUCCUAGAUGGGUCAAAGAUGACCUCGCCAUCAUCCAGUGGUUGUACACUCCCAUCUCGACGGUGCUCUUCAACCUCGUCGUCACGGAUGGCGCCUCUGUGCGCGAUAUCUGGCUCGAGCUCCGCCAGCUUUUCCAGGAUAACCGCGAUGCCUGCGUGUCCGCGCUCGACACAGAGCUCCGUGCGAUCACGCAGGGCGAUCGCCCCAUUGGCAUGUUCUGUCAGCGGAUCAAGGCGAUUGGCGACGAGCUCCACGAGGUCGGGGAGGUGGUUGCUCAUCGCUCGCUUCUGCGUGCUCUGAUGGGCGGUCUGGACGAUCGUUUUGCACAGUAG